AUUAGCGUUAUCUUAACACUUCCGCUUCCUGUUGUUUGUCUUUGACUUUGUUGACUAAAAUUAUGUGAAAAUACAGAAUGUGUAUAACCAUAGACGUUGAUGAAGAUGGAAGGGAGAAGCUUGGUUUGGCAGGGACGGCCCUUGGUGGAAUAUUGGCAUUCUUUGGUUUUAUUCUAAUGAUUUUAGCGGGAUUUAUCAAAAUAAACAUUGACGAUAAGUUAGUGUUGAUGAAAGGAUAUGAUCCCGAUGUGCUACCGUCAUUCUUGCUCACUGUCGGAAUAAUCAUGUUUGUGACAAAUUUGGUCAUGGCAAAAGUUUGUUAUGAUAGUGGUUAUCCAGAAACUAGAGGGCGAUUCCAAAAUCUACUCAUUUUAUUUCUGCUGUAUCUCUUUGUUAUUAUAUGGUUUAUUUUUGCUGCUUCGAUGUUGUGUUUUUCACAUAGCGGUGAAAUCAAAGAUUCUUUGAAGGAAGGAAUAACUAAAAUGAUGAGUGUUUAUCAUAACGAUCAGAAGGCGAAACUUUUAAUCGACAGAUUGCAACUGGACUAUCAUUGUUGUGGUAGUAUAAAUCACGAAGACUGGGAAAAAAUUGGAUGGAUGAACAUGAAAUAUAUUAAUGUUAACAAUCCAGAAACAAAAAAAACAUUAAUUGAAGGAAAAGUGGUCACAGACAGUGUACCUUUUAGCUGUUGUGACUAUUUAUCACCAAGACCCUGCAUUCAUCACGAUAUAAGAGACAACAAUCUGCAUAUAAAAAAUGCAAAUACUUUGUCAAAGAGAGGCUGUACACAUAUAUUGAUGAAUUACUUUGAUAAUGUUGUCCUCCUGCCCUCUGGAUAUGCAAUUCUGAUGGCCUUCUUUAUACAGAUUAUAAUGAUGGUUUUGUUAAGACUCAUGCAGACAUCUAUCGGUAAUGCUUGUGAGCAGGAGGAUCCAGUGGGUAUAGGCAUUGCUUACAUUAUACCAGAGUGUCCAUGUGCAAUGUGUAAGACAGGAGAUCCAAUGAAAUAUGUCAAGCACGUUAAAAAGAAGGUAAAAAAGAAAAUUAAAGGUAAAGAAGAUGACGAUAAAGCUGAAGAGGAUAAUGACAGUGGUGAUUUUGACGACGUAGGAGAUGCUGGUGGUAGUGAAAAGAAAAAGAAAGACAAAAAAAAGACAAAGAAAGAAAAAGAAAAGAAAAAUGACCAAGAAGAGGAUGAUGAUAUUGGAGAUGAUGAUGACGAUGGAGGCGGUGGUGGUAUUUUCAAGAAAAAGAAAGACACAAAAAAGAAAAAGAAAGAUAAGCAAGAAGAGGAUGACGAUGAUGGAGACAAAAAAAAGGAAGACAAACAGAAGAAAAAGGAUGAGAAAAAGGCACAGAAAGUUAAGGCAAAAAAAGAAAAGAAGGAAAAGAACGAUAAAGAAAAAGGAAAUAAAAUGUCGUCAAAGUUUUCCAAAAAAAAGGCUGCCCCCAAAAUGGCGUCUUCCAAAAAAGACAAAUCUCCGAAAAGCAAGAAAAAAUCUUUGAAAAGUACAAAAAAGUCUCCAAGAAGCAUGAAAAAGAAAUAAAAAAAGUGAAAAAUCAUCCCCAUUGACAUUAUCUUUGGAACAUGACAGAUGAUUCAACAAAUUAUGUUUAAAAAAGAAAACACCUUAUAAAUGUAUUUCC